UUUUCUGAAUGACGAAUCUGCGACUUAUGCACUGUGAGUUUAGGAGUGGAAUAGUUCAGUGCUGCUAAAAUUGUGUUUACUGGGGAUAUUGGAUAUACAUUGUAGACAUGCUACCGUUGUCUGAAAACGUAGUGUGCAGUAGAGAAAUACGGACCUUAUUAUGAAGCUUGAAUGCGAGUUAAGAUUAAACACCGUGUUUAGUAUUUUUUGAAUUUCUUUUGGCGGUAAAUACGGAGUAAGGAGUGGAGCAGUGCUGUGGUUACCAAUGGUCAUUGGCAUAUCGGUCCGUCACUGUUAAAGAAACUAACAAUUAGGAAUCAGAAGGUAUAUGGCAGGAGCUAAGGGCUUUUUGUAGCUCUCAGUUUUGGUAGCGAUAGUUUGGUGGCUGUGCAUUUAUUGAACGAGGGUAUGUUAUGUAACAGCAACAUGAUAUCAAAGCAAGUUUUGGAGAUGGAUUGGGAAAAAUCUGGCAGUGGGGAAGAAUUAAUAGCUGCUUGUGUGAUUAGUUUCGUAAAGAAAUGCAAGUGAUCACACAUGAACGUUUUUGUUUUGCCGUAAAAAAUUGCACUUUAUAAGGCUGAAAGUAUAAGACUCGAUACAAUGUCUGAAGAUGCUUUGGAAGAAAAUAUAUGGGGCUAUAAAUCACUCAGAAAACCAAAAGUGCCAGAUACACAAUCAAGUAAAUUUAAUGGGAAAGGGUCUGAUGCUAAACAGAAAGGCAAACCAAAGUCUAACUCAAGAGCCAAUUCAAAUAAAAAAAAUAAAGGAUACUGUGAAGGGCGAAAGGCCAGCCAGAAGCUCUUGACCUCUAAUGACCACAAAGAAGAUGUUUUAGCAGAAGAAAUGAAAAAUGAGCAAUCUCAAACCAAUGAUGUGUCUCAAACACCCAAGAAUGCUAGACCUCUUUUGGAUGGACACUGCCCUGUUUGUCAGAUGCCAUUCUUUAUAUUAUUGGUACAAACCCCUCGAUGGCAUGUGUCUGAAUGUUUAGAAACACCUGGGUAUUCUGAGAUUGAGUGUCCUGAUGGGUUGCAGUGUACUUCACCUAUUCCUAGUCACUACAAACGAUACACUCACUUCAAGCUUGCAGAAAGGAGAUCUUGGGGAGAAUCGGAAAUCUCCAGGGAAGAAAACACAGAAUGCAAAGUGAAUGGGUUUUGUACGACGGCGUCAGGUGGUAGUAACAAUGACCAUUACCAGCAGGAAUCAAAAGGACCACCAACAAAUUCAGGUGGCAAGCAGAUUGCUUUGUUAAAAUUUGACUCGGGACAACGAGGAAGCGAAGAUAAACUGCCAAAGGAUAGGAGCAAACGGUCACAUUUUUCAUCUGCUGGUCAGCUGAGCACUAAAAGAUCACAUGAAAGCAGUUUGUUUUAUGGUACCCAGAAGGGUGGUUGCCACUUUGAGUCUAAAAUGCCAUUGCAGAAUAUAGAGGUGGACAGUGAGGAAGAAAUCUCAUAUUCUCCACUGUGUAGUGAAGAUGAACUUAACAUAGACGGUGCUAAAAAUCCAAGGAAAAAAUUGGAUUUUGGUAGAGACUUUGAAGAAAACCCUGAUGGUAAUGGUAUAUUAAACAGCUUUGGUGACCUUGAACCUUCUCAAAAAGAGAGGGACAGUGGCCACAGUAUUACCAGUAAAUUCAGCUUUAAAAAAGAAGAUCCAACAAGUGCUGAAACAUUUCAAGUAGGUUUAACCACUGUAACCCAUAGGUCUACAUCAAGAAUUAACAGACUAACGGAGCCUUACCCAGUGGACUCCAGUAAGGUGAAACAAGAACCUGAUGAGUUCCAACUAAGUACAGCUAACUGUCAUCCUGAUAUGGUGGACAUGUUGGGUUCAGCUGCUGCAAAUCUGACUCCUUGGAAAAGGAAUAGAGUUAGUCAAGCUUACCUUCCAAAUAUCAAGGAGGAGGAGGCUUCUUCACCAGAGCUGUUUUCUCAAGCCUGUAAUUUAGAAAAACUUGAACCUUCUAUGAUUAGAAAACGGAAGGCUACUUCUGAUAGUAUUUACAAUUCUUGUUCCCAGUUAUGUUCUAAGACACCGACAUCAAUGCAUUUGUCUUCUGAUUCUCAGAAAGAAAAUAAGUCCUCUUCCAUUUCUGUAGCCAACCCAUCAGAUGUUUUGUAUCGCUCUUCACAGAUGGCUUCUAUACCUUCGUCUUUUAAUAGUCUGCUAUCAACACAACCCAGUACGAGUAAAGGGCUUAAACAGACUGAUAUUGGUGUUUUCUUUGGGCUGAAACCUAAAGUUGUGAACGAUGAAGACAGCCAAACCACUUUGAAACAGCAGACUGCCACACCAAAGGAUGAUAGUGCAAAGUUAAAGCCCAAGGGAGGACAUCCAAAGCAAAGAAAGAGGAAGGCAGAUGAAUUUGUAGAAGACAUUAAGACUUCAUCAGAUGCUGUUUCUGUCAAAGAGCAUAAUACUGAGACACUUACUAGGCAAACCAGGGGUAAAAAGCGAUUUAAAGAAGGCGGAGCUGCAGCCGGUGCAGAAGUGUAUUCAGCUAAUAAUAAAAAACAGUGCCCUUUUUACAAGAAAAUACCAGGAACUCGAUUUGUGGUGGAUGCCUUCCAGUAUGGAGAGAUACCAGAUUGCAAUGCCUAUUUUCUUACUCAUUUUCACUCAGACCAUUAUAUUGGCCUCAAAAAGACGUUCAGAUGUCCAGUUUAUUGUAGCAGAGUUACAGGUAACUUGGUGCGGACCAGACUUCGAGUGGAGGAGCAGUAUAUUAAAACAUUGCCGAUGAACACAGAGUGCGUGGUGGAUGGGAUCAAAGUAGUACUGCUUGAUGCAAAUCACUGUCCAGGUGCCGUCUUGCUGCUUUUUGUGCUUCCUAAUGGAACAACUAUACUACACACAGGAGACUUCCGUGCAGAUUCAGCAAUGGAACAAUAUUCUGCCCUACAAAAGCAGAAAAUUGAUACACUUUACCUGGAUACUACGUACUGCAGCCCAAAAUAUACCUUCCCUUCUCAGCAGGAUGCCAUUCAGUUUGCCGUAAAUAUCGCCUUUGAGACUGUGGCCCUGAAUCCCAGAACACUGGUAGUCUGUGGGACAUAUGCUAUUGGGAAAGAGAAAGUAUUCUUAGCUAUCGCUGGUGUUUUGGGAUGUAAAGCUUCUAUGUUUAUAGACAAAUACAACACGCUGAAGUGCCUUGAAUCGCAAACUGUUAAUUCCUUAAUUACAACAGAUUUCAGUAGUGGUGCACUCCAUGUACUCCCCAUGAUGCGUAUUACCUUUAAGCAUUUACAAGCCCAUCUAAGCAGUUUUUCUGACAGAUUCGACCAAGUACUUGCCUUCAAGCCCACUGGAUGGACAUACACGGAUAAGUGUGAUUCGCUAACUGAUAUUAAGCCACAAGUCCGAGGAAAGAUCACCAUCUAUGGCAUUCCAUAUAGUGAGCAUAGUAGUUACUUGGAAAUGAAACGCUUUGUACAGUGGUUGAAACCAAACAAAAUCAUUCCUACAGUAAAUAUGGGAAGCUGGGAGUCGAGGAAGGUAAUGGAAGGCUAUUUCAGAGAGUGGAAAGCUGAAGUUGCAAAGAAGAGUGUGUCUUCGUGAAAGACCUUUCAUAAAUUAACUGCAGACUUGCUUAUGAAAUUUUAAGAUGAUGAAACUUUUGUCUCAAGAGAUUUCAGGAAGGCUUGUGACAGCCAUAUGUGACCACAGCACAUAAGUACAUCAGUUUAAGCUUUGACUGUUCAAAAAAAAAAUACUUUUGUUUAGAGUACUCUGUGUUGCACUUUGUAUUGUAGAUACUUUUAGCUUUGUUAGCAUAAUUAUGUUUAACUCUCUGCAUUUCUUUUACAAUUGAAUGAUUUGACCAGUGCUCCUGAUGUACCAGUCCAUUUUAAUGUUUGUACAUGUCAUGCGUCUGAUUUAAAAUAAUGUAUUAAUACCAUUCUAGAAUAUUACAUUGAAUACUGAACUUUUAAAUUUCUUCAACAGCUGCCAUUGUAUAAAUGUCCAUAACACUAUAUUUCAGCAGUUUCAGGUGGCUGCUCAUGUUGCCUCUGUAAACUCUUACUAUGAAUGUGAUCAUGUAUAACCUGCAUUUUGUAUUGUUUAUGUUAAUCCUUUUAAUUUAAAUUGCCACUGUCCAUUUCCCUUUAUUUCCAAGUUAGAAUCUUUAUGGGCCUUCAUCUCGCUCUGAUUGUUAAAGCCCUCCACAACAUUACGUCAGGAAUUCACACUCACACCCUGCCCAUGACAUUAAGAGAGAUCUUUGCUUCCCUUUAUGUGACCUUCAUGACUCCUUUAUAUAUUUGAAGACUGCUGUAGUAUAUUUGAGCCUACCGAAGCUAACUGGAAGAUUAAAGCUGUCAUCUGCCUGGUUGUGCCAAUUAACCAGCCCCCUUCCUGUUUGAUCCCAGUUUGUGGUGACUUAUACAUUGUGUGUACUGCAUCAUUUGCACAUGCUCAUAGUAUUUAAGCCUUAGGUUUUUGUUUGCAUUUUUGUGGCCCUUCCCAACAUUGACUAUCCACCUCCCCACCAGUAUCCUAGUGACCUUUGUGUUCAUCCUGCCUUUUUAGCUUGGUAGGCUGAAGUGUCACCUCCUUACCCAUCUCCUAAUGACCCAUGUUGUUCAUCCCUCUCACUAUGCUUGGUAGGCUGAGCUGCAUUAAGCCCGUGCUUGUCCUCAGGUAGGUGAUGCACAUACAGUGAAUCCUUUCCAGGAAAUAGGAGAGGCAACGUCUUCUCACUUCCAGACCUCCCCAACUGCCAACUGCCUUAUCCAGUAGUUGGAUUCACUUUUCAAGCCUGGAUUGGCUGGGAUGAUUUAUCCGUCAUUGUCACAGGGCUGGCUUGUUUCAUGUUUUACUUUCUGUGCCUUCCAAGUCACCACAGAUAGCUCGAGCACUUUCUUCCCCUAGCAUCUAGCUUACGCUGGUGCCAUCUGCAUUGUAAAGGAUGGCUUCCUUGUUAUCCAAAAGUGUUGCUUAUCAUUUCAAAAGAUUUAGUAUGGCACAAAAUCCAUUCAUUUUCCGCCUGCAACAUAGGCUGUGUAUGCUGUGUAUUUUUUUGUUACAGAAUUAAAUUGUGGUCUGUCUGAAAUAUUUAUUAUAAAAUAUGAAAAAAACAAAUAUUUUAACAAGUUAUAAUCAGGUGAUGGAUGAUUGUACAAAACACAUGAAAUGUCACUUUAUAUUACAUAUUUGUGAUUUUUUAAAUAACAUUUUAUACAGGCUUGUAGUAUAAAUAAAUCUGUCUAAAUUAUA